UUGGAGUCUUCAUAUUUCCGACGGCACGUAAACGCACCAACCGACACACUUCGGCCGUUGGAGCGACUGAAGGAAUCCAGAAGUUACCGGAGCCAAGUUCACAAACCGUAACGAAGAAGGAGGAGUGAGGAGCUUAAACACAGGAGGGUUAACUGCCGCAGAAUAUCGAGCUCGGUGCCACGGGGGGAGCCUCCAAACAGGACAGCAGCAACAUGGACGACAUGAGUGUGGAACAGAUCACCAUGAGGGCCAACCAAGUGACUGAUGAGUCACUGGAAAGCACACGGAGGAUGCUGCAGAUGGCCGAGGAGAGCAAACAAACCGGCGUCAACACCAUGGUGAUGCUGGACCAGCAAGGAGAGCAGCUGAAGCGUGUGGACGAGGGCAUGGACCAGAUCAACCAGGACAUGAGACAGGCUGAGAAAAACCUGACUGACCUCUCCAAAUGCUGCGGCCUCUGUGUCUGCCCCUGUGACAGGGUGUCAUCAAUCGAGCACGACCAGCGAUACAAGCGUACCUGGGGUAUCGGAGGAGGCGACGGCGAAGUUGAUUCCAACGGCGCAAAAAUAGUCUCGAGGCAGCCCUCGGGUGUGCGCAAUGGCCAGGCUCAAGUGAACGCCCCGGAGCCCUCGGGCCCGUACAUCAAGAGGAUAACCAAUGAUGCACGGGAGGAUGAGAUGGAGGAGAAUCUGGAAGCAGUGGGCAGCAUUAUUGGCAACCUGAAAAACAUGGCUAUGGACAUGGGCUCAGAGAUAGACAAGCAGAACAAACAGAUCGACAGCAUCACUUCCAAGGCGGAAAUGAACAAAGUUCGCAUCGAUGAAGCAAACCAGAGAGCCAACAAGCUCAUCAAGUAGACGAGGAACCCUGCUUCUUGCGGUUUUAUCCAUCAACCUUGAGCCUCUGUCGCCACAUCUGUACACACACACACACACACACACACACACACACACACACACACACACACACACACACACACACUGCCUACUCGUGCACAUGCACAAACACACACUCUUUGACAUUUAGCAAUUCAGGUUGGAGGAAUAUAUAUAUUUUUUUGCCCGCGGUGUGCUUAUCUUUACUGCACUAAGAUGUGAGUAGAAAAACAUUUAUACAUUUUAUAAAUUGACCACCACCAUCACACCUUUUUGACUCAUGUACUCAUAGUUAUGCUGGACUUUUGAGAAGCAGCGCAGGCGUCAGAAACCGCAACCAAACCCCGAAGUGACUGACUGCCUGUCGCCGCUGUUUGAUACCAAAUAUCCACCAGACCUGUUGUAUCAGAUCUCGACAUUCACGGGAAGGGAAGUAGCACAGGUCAGCUGCUUUUCUUUUCUUUCUCUUAAAGUCAAGAACUAUGAAGCGUCUCCCUUUGUCUGUGUGAAUAUUUUGUCCGUAUGGACGAGGUCACAAAUCUAAACUGUCUUUUAGAUAUACUGCAAUUCAUUAAUUUAUGCGUCACCCCUCUGAGCUACAUCUAGUUUAAUCAUAAACAUGUUAACCGUAGUCUGAAAAAUGUGUCUUCUUCCUCAAAUUGGUUCAAUGUGUAAUUAAGUUUAUUGUAUCAUGUGUAUUAUUGCUUAUUUAAUUAUUCUUAUCAAGCAGAAAUGACUUGUGAAUAAAGUUGUUGUUGUUUUUUUAAACACUUUGUUCUCAUGUCAUUUUUGCCUUUUCAGAUGUAAAAAAAAUAAAAUAAAAAAGUCAUAUUGUGCUUUGGAGUGAGUCAUGGCGAACGCUUUCAUGCUGGAAUUCAAAGCACAUACCCCCCGCAUGAGCAAUUUAAUGUUUUCAUUUUCUGGCUACUGAGAAGUCAAAGGUGUUCUAACCGUUUGAAAAAAUAAAUAAAUAAAUAAAUUGAGGCGCUGACCUGGUGUUAGACACUUUUUAAUAUAUAGCAAUCGCUCGUCCUUCAGAUGUGAAGCAUCAUGAGCAUCGUUCAUCAUCACGUCCUCCAUGGCAUCUAGUUUUCUUUAUGAUAACGCUGAAUAUGAGAAACAAUAAGUGGUUGAGUAACAGUGCAUGUGUCAUCGGUGGAUCAACUGCUGUACUUCAUAUUUAGUCUCUCCAGGUUUUUUUUUUCCCCCACUCUGAUCGCAGUGUUGAUGUAAAUACUGAAACAUACUGUAGCUGUUUAUUAAUUGCCUACACUCACG